UAGAGGAGGGAGGCAAGGCUCAGACUUGGGAAGCACUCAGGAGGACCACACGAGCUUUAAGAAUCGAACAAGGAGCCAAGAUGUUCAAAAGAUCCAAAGUCACAGAUGGGACGGGCACUGGCCAAGGGGCCGCUGCAGAGAAUGAAGUAGGUAUCCGGAAGAAAUCUCGCGUUCCCGGAGUGAUGAUUACGCAGUUCAUAGAGACACUGCCAGAGGGAAAGAGCCAUCCAGACUUUACCCGCAAGCCAAUCGCUUUGACCAUCCAAGAAGGGAAAUUUGCUUUCUUUAAAGCUAUUGUCACCGGAGAGCCUAAACCCACUGUGGCAUGGAGCAGAAAUAAUGGAGAUGUGUCUGACACUUCAAAAUAUCAGAGCAAAUAUGACGCCAACUCCAAUGAGCAUACUUUUGAGAUGCCAAAUGUCACAGCGGCUCAAGCGGACACAUACAAAUGUUUUGCAACCAAUGAAUUCGGACAAGCCGUGGUCACAGUUGUUCUGAAUGUUAUUGAAGUUGGCUACAAAAAGAACAAACCCCAGCAAACUGUAAAAGAAGCCAUUAGCGGUUUUAAGAAAGUACUAAGAAAAAGUAAAGUACGUCCAAAAUCAGAGCAAACGGAGAAGAAGGACGGGGAGUUGGAUCCUAAAUUUUGGGAGCUGUUGCUUAGCGCUGACAAGAAAGACUACGAGAGACUCUGUGCAGAGUACGGAGUGACUGAUUUUCGCUGGAUGCUGAAGAAACUCAAUGAAAUGAAGAAGGAACGGGAGGAGGAACAAGCUGAGUUUGUCAGGAAUAUAUCCUCCCUGAGACAUAUUCGGGUGAAUGUGGACGGUACUGCGUCAUUUGAAAUUGACAUGGACCUUAUUGAACAGAGCCACUCAAUAUUCCUGUACAAGGAUGGUGAAAUGAUUCCUUACACAAAAGAGUUGGGAAACACCAUGAAGCACAGUCUGAGGAAAGUAGGGAGAAAGUAUAUUUUCAGCAUGAGGGAUCUCAGGCCAGAAGACGGCGGAUUCUACCAGUUGGAUGUAGAAAAUGUGAACAUAUUUUCCACAGAUUUUAAAAUUCCCAUGGUUGAUUUCGUGGUGAAAAUUCAGGAAGUGAAGGCGCAAGAGAGAGAAGACGCCGUAUUCGAGUGUGUCCUUUCGAUUCCUCUUGCCAAGAUUUCAUGGUUUGGCAAGAAUCUGCCCUUGGAGCAAGGAGACAAAUAUGAUAUUGAGGUUUCUGAGGACAAGCACAUUCACAGGCUGGUGGUCAAAGAUUGUAUAGUCAUAGACAAAGGCAUUUAUUCUGCCUGUGCAGGAAUACAAUCAUGCAAUGCCUGGCUUGUUGUAGAAGCUGAUAAAGACACAGAUAAGGGAAAGAAGUCGGUAAGGAAGACAACAAAGGCAGGGGGAUCUGGUAUCAACCUGCAAAAGGUGGCCCAAGAGCAACACGAAAAGUUGGAAAAACAGAAAGAGGAACUGAAAGAACAAAUCAAAGCUGUACCCCCACCCGAACCCCCCAAACCAAUUCAGGAAAUGACUGUAAAGCCUGAGCCAGCACCAGCACCAGCACCUGCACCUGCAAUUAACGUUCAGGAAACGACUGUAAAGCCUGAGCCAGCACCAGCACCAGCACCUGCACCUGCAAUUAACGAGUCUGUGAUAACCUGUGGACUCUCUGAUAUUUACUGUCUACGUGGGAAGUCAGCCGAACUAAAAGUCACAAUGAACAUGGACUGCGCUGGCACCUGGUUUAAAGACGGACAACCGCUAAGCGCUGGAGCUGGGAUCAGCAUAAGCAAAGAUUCCACCUCUCACAUGCUGACUUUUAAAAACUGCCAAGAUGACAACUCAGGCGUCUACCGCUUUGUAUCAGGGGAUCAGAGUACGCAAGGAAAGGUCACCGUCGGAGACGUACCGGAAUUUGACCCGGAUGACCUUCACAAGUUCUGCAAGCCGUUGACAGUGAGAGUGGGCCAGAACGCUACCUUCAAGAUGCCCUUUGCGCCUCAGGAGGCUUUGAUUGUUAACUGGUCUAAGAACGGCACAGACGUUAAAGACGGAGGAGGAGUAAAGAUUGUGAGAGAGCCCAAUCACAGCCGCCUGCUCUUUAGAGACUGCCUUAGGGGAGACGCGGGGGAAAUUACAAUCCAGCUUAAAACCCCUUUCGGGGCCGCCGAGGCAACCUCUCAGCUUUUUGUGCUCGAUCGUCCAGGUCCGCCGGAGGGUCCGGUGGAAACUCUUGAGACAACUACAUCUCUAAUUGAGAUCGAAUGGAAACCUCCCAAAGAUAACGGUGGCUGCCCCAUCACCAACUACGUCAUUGAGCGCCAGCAGGAGGGCCACAGUCUGUGGACCAAACUCGGACAUGUCUCCGGUGACAAGACUACCUUUAAGGACAGGAAUGUGACCCACGGGAAGAAGUACAGCUAUCGCAUCUACGCGGAGAACUCAGAAGGCCUUGGCGACUCCCUGGAGACAGCUGAUAGCAUUAUGGCUGGCAUCAUGAUACUUUCUGGGCCACCUGGCACCCCCCAAGUGGUCAGCACCUCAAAGACCUGUAUCACUUUGAUGUGGACCCCACCUGAGGAUGACAGAGGAGUGCCCGUCAUCGGUUAUCAACUGGAGAAACGGAAAAAGGACACAAAUCAGUGGAUUUCCUUGAACGCUGUGAAUGAACCGAUUGAAGAUGUGAACUAUGCAGUUAAAGAAAUCACUGAGGGAGCAGAGUACGAGUUCAGGGUUCUUGCAAUUAAUGAGUCUGGAGCCGGGGAUCCGAGCCCCCCUUCUGCAAUGGUGUGUGCAAAGAAUCCCAACAUGAGGCCUUACUUCAAAGACCCAGAGGACUUCAUUGUUGUCAGAGCAGGAAAUUCAGCACGAGUAAAAAUUCUCUAUGAGGGUGAACCCCCACCGGAGAUCACAUGGCUCAAGGACGAUGAACCGUUACCCCCAUGGAUAAAAAUCAUCAAUUCUGAGGGAAUGUCCCAACUUGUUAUUCCUUCAUCUAAGCGCUCAGACUCCGCCAUCUACACAAUUAUAGCCAAAAAUUCUGUGGGGCAGGCUUCCUUUGAUGUUGAGGUUAGAGUUACAGACGAACCAAAGAGCCCAGGGCCAGUGGAACUCGAGCAAACAGUCCAUGGAAAAGUGGUGAUAACAUGGGUUCCAUCGCCAGACCAGGAGCUUGAUGACAGACUUUACUACACGGUGGCUCAACGCGACUCCAACACCAGGGUGUGGAAAACUGUUGCAGACCGCCUAUCCACUAACACGCACACAGUUAACAACAUUCUUCCUGGGCUGGAAUACCAUUUCCGGAUCUUCGCCAAGAAUGACAUGGGACUGUCAGAUCCAUCGCAGUCACCAACAUGGGGAAUGAAUAGCAACAGAGUUCCAAUUACGUACAAUGGAAUCAACUCAACGCAUAUCAGCUUUGAGAGGCCCCCGUCCAUCUUGGUCCCUCUGAAGGUCCACGCACCACCUAAAGGUUACCAGGUCUACAUGACAUGUGCCGUGCGAGGGUUCCCAACGCCCACAGUGUCCUGGUUCCUAAACGACCAGUGUAUCAACUCGGACAGCAACUACUAUAUCACCAACUCUUUUGGCGUAUGCUGCAUGUAUAUUCUCAGAGUGCGGCAAAAGGACAGCGGAGAAUACAAAGUUGUUGCCGUCAACUCAUUUGGCAAGGCAGAAUGUUCCACUAAACUCAUUGUUAAAGAAUGAAUCACCAGGAGGGCCUUAUCUGGGAAGUCGCGUUAUUUCAGAAUAAAAGUAGUUAAAGUAAAAAAGAAGAACAGAACGUAAAC